AUAUAUAUUAUAAAUUUGUAAAUUAUACUAAUAAUUAUUUGAAAUUGAAGUCCUAUAUUUCUAAUUCUGCAAUUGGAAGAACUUCCAGACCCCCCGUUGCUGAACUACCGCCCUACCUCCUCUAUCUCAUCUCUCGUCGGCGACGCCGCCGCAAGUCCCCCGUGCCGCUGCCCUCCUACGCGACCUCGUAAAUCGCCAGACUCCAGUUUCGCCGCUCCGCCACGAGCCGCCGCUCGCAACUCACGCACAUGUGAUGCUGGGAAUCAUGACGUGAUUUUUAUACCCAAAUAACCGCAUCGGUUAUUGGGCAACCGAUCAUCCCAAACGAUUCGGGAACGGUUAUUGAAAUUGGGCAUAUUUGGGUUUUGGGUAACCGAAAUUUCGGUUCGCCAUAACUGAUCGACAACAGUCACGCCAAUGGCGGCAAGAGAGCGUGUAUUUGGAGCCAUUGGAAAAUCAGUGAAGGCGGUGGCGAAAAGCAGAGGCUCCGAGUGGUGGUACACUCCUCACAUGGCGGCCGCUGCCCGCGCCAUAGAGGAGCGCAUCCCACUCGUCGAUCUUAUUCUCGAAGUGAGAGAUGCCCGGAUUCCAUUAUCAUCGGAAUAUUUGCAAUUGAGGAAGAUUCCUUCCGCUUGCCGGAUCAUUGUGCUGAAUAAGGCGGACCUUGCUGAUCGCUCCCAAACAAAGGAAUGGUUGAGGUUUUUUGAGAAACAAAAAUGUAUGGCUUUUGGAGUAAAUUCACAUAAUAGGGACAAUAUUAGGGAGUUUUUGACCUUCCUCCAAGCAAGAGUUAGAGAAUUAAAAAAGAAGGAUGAUCGUGCGCAUGUAAUAACUUUAAUGUUAGUCGGUAUUCCCAAUGUGGGGAAAUCUGCAUUAGCCAACUCUUUGCAUCAGGUCGGAAGGAUUUCUGCAGCAGAGAAAGGGAGGCUAAAACACUCUGUAGUGACUCCACAGCCCGGGGAGACAAAAAGUAUAAGCAGUUUAAAGAUCGCUAGCCACCCUAAUAUAUUUGUUCUCGACACCCCAAGUGUAUUGCCUCCUGACGUGAUUGAUGAUGAGGUCUGUUCUAAGCUUGCUGUAACAGGAGCAAUCAAAGAUAGUGUGGCUGGUGAAAUAAAUCUCGCAGAAUAUUUUCUCUCCAUCCUUAACCUUGGUGAGGAGUACAAGAAAUGGGCGAAGUUAUCAAGCUCUGAAGCUGGAGUGGCAUUGACUGGUGAUGGUAGUUUGAGUCUGGGGAAAAAGCAGAAGAAGAAGUAUCCGACUGAUCACACUCAGGAUUUCAUUGUCAACAAUGUACGACGCACACUUUUUGACUCGGUUUCAUCGUUUGGUGGUUGUACGGAAGAUGGAGAAGAUCUAGCUCGUCUAAUUCAAGGAGAGUUUGAGGUUUUGCAGAAGGUAUUUCAUCUUCCUUUAGAAACAAAAGAAUGUAAUUAUAGUCGAGUAGCUAUCAAGUUGCUUAAUCUGUACCGCACCGGAAGGUUGGGUCAUUAUACAUUAGAUCAUGUUCCAUGUAAUUAAUCAUUUGUAUACAUAUUAAUUAGAUAACUUCUUUGUUAUUGU